AUGCUCACAGCCUUUUGCCUCUUAGGAAUAAUUGUAUUGAAUGAAACCUUUUCUUUUCGAUUGAACCAAAAUGCCGUGUUCAAACCCGCCUGUAUCGAGGCCACCCGCCCUUAUCCAAUCAACCCCGAAAACAUCCUUAAAAGUCGAGAACCUUUCUAUGCCUCUACCUUCCCCCAAAUGUAUGCAAUCGCUGCGGCAACCGUCAUCAGCUACCUUCUCCUUAUUAUGCUCUUCAUCACGCCCCGGACGUUCUUUAUAGGCGGUCGUGGCGGCACUUUCCUGACGCGACAUGGGAUGAUAGGCGGGUCAUACGGCAGCUCUUCCGUUAUAGGAGUGGGUGGCCGUCCAUGGCUCCAGAAAGUUGCCGCUUUGACGGUUGCUAUCUCCCUUAGCAUUGCGACUGCAGAGUCCUUUGCUGUUGCCAAACGACAGUACGAUUUUGGCUACAUGGACUCGAUGGCGUUAACGAAUGAGGUCGUGGCCGGCGUGGAGAUUCGCGUAAUUCGCGUGAUCUCAAGUACGUUCCUCUGGCUGGCGCAAGUACAAACAUUAAUUCGAUUGUUUCCCCGGCAUAAAGAAAAAGUCAUAAUUAAAUGGGUCGGGUUUGCGAUGAUUGUCCUGGAUACGAUUUUCAGCAUCCUCAACAACGCCAUCCGUCGAUCUUCAAACAUGCUUAUUGUCAAACCGCCGAGACACGUUGUCGACGUAAUACCCGCGCUCAAUUAUCUGUUUGAAUUGUCACUGAGUUUACUAUACGCUGCAUGGGUUAUCUUUUAUUCGAUUUCGAAACACCGAUUUGCUUUUUUUCACGUAAAUAUGCGUAAUAUCUGCCUGGUCGCGUUACUCUCCUUGGUUGCAGUCUUGAUACCCGUGGUGUUUUUUAUUGUAGACGUUUCGAAGCCAAAUGUCGCGAGAUGGGGAGAAUAUAUUCGCUGGGUCGGUGCGGCAGCAGCAAGCGUGGUGGUUUGGGAAUGGGUAGAGCGUAUAGAAGCUCUGGAGAGAGAAGAGAGGAAGGAUGGGAUUCUGGGGAGAGAGAUAUUUGAUGGCGACGAAAUGAUUGAGGCUGCCCCGUCCGACGGAGCCGAUCCACCCCCUGACGGCGGCGGAGGCAAAGGCGAUGGAAAGGGCCACGGCAGCAGUGCAUGGGCAGGUCUUCUGGGUCUCCCGCAUCGGUCCCUGAAAAGUCGAGUCAAAACCAAGCCUCGGCCGCAUAUGCGGAGGAGACGGCGCCGGCCAAAGCUGAUCACGGAUGCCAGUACGGAGUCGUCGCAGAACGAGCACCCAGCUGUUCCUCCGCUGGCUGUGACGCCAGUCAGCCGUACCGACACGGCGAGCACCGUCUACCGCGUCCGAUACCACUCGAUUGGAAGCCUAUCGCCGUCGAUAUCGGAACUCGAGCAAAACCUGGACCCGGAAAAGAACGCUGCGAUGGGCCAAGUCCGGGAAAACGACCAGACCAACGGCUCUGCUUUGGCAAACCUCGCCCCCCACCGUAGACUGGGAGCCAGCUGGCUCAACAUGCUCAAUCCUUUCAGUCGCCGUCGAGGCUCGCCUCCCCAAGAGGUUGCCAGCGCACAAGCAGAGGAAGGGAAUAUCCGCCACCCCACCAUACCGCCGAAGCCCCCCGAUGAAUCACAGGCCCAGCCCGCCUUCAAAGCCCAUCUCAACACGUUUCGUUCGCUGUUGGGUCGCAACCAGGAAUACGCAUCCGGGGAGCCUCAAAAGACGGCGUCUGUUCUGCCAGUGACAGUGAUUCCUGCGCGACCACGCCUGGAACAUGCUCGUCGCUCCAAUACAGGCAGUCGUUCGGACUCGGUGUCGUCUCGAAGUGACAGUCGAGGAACGCCAGAGGCGUCUCUGCCCGUUGUCGUCAUUCCCGCACGGCCACGGAUAGCAAAAGAGUGGGAUUCGUCUGCGUUUGAAGAAUAUGUCCGCAACGACUACUCUGGCGGCACGCUGGCCACUUCGCAGAGCGACGGCAGCGCGAGCAACUCAGUCAGCACUCGACCGUCGACCUCGCACCAUCGACAGCAGGCCACCGCCAGGGCAUCACCGCCUCAAGUACCGCUCCUGGACCCCGGGCCCAUAGCGCCAGACGACGCGGGCCGUGCGACGGCGGCAGGUCGGCCACCAGACUCGCUUUUAACCACCACAGGAGGGGUCUCUACGCCGCAGAGGUCAUCGGGCAGCGGGUCGUCGCAUCCGGGGCCAUGGCCGCCGUCGCCACGGCCCGUGUCUCCUCCGUGGGAUGACCCUGGGGGCGGCCGGUGA